AUGUCUACAAUAUCUAGCAGAAAUAACCAACAAGAGAUUUAUGAAGACCUACCUCCUUCUUACGAUGAAUCACAAGCAUCAACAGCAGUUGUUCCAGUAAUCGAACAAAUUGAAACAAUUACUGAAGAAAUU